AUGGGCGCGGUGGAGCGGGCAGGGCGAAUGGGGGCGGAGGGCAAGGAUCCCAACCCCUUCGAGCAGUCUUUCGCCCGUCCCUCCAAUGACUCCUCUGUCCGCACCCUUCAAAACUCACCCACUCGUGCCGACCCCCCGCCCCCGCCCAAUUCCGGCCGCGCAAACCCCAACUCCGGCGACGACCGCGACACUUCCCGCCCCUCGUCUUCUUCCCAGACCUCGGGCAAGAUCGAUCGCAAUCACUCGUCGUCGCCGCCCGACCCCAAGCCCGUCCUUCCGCCCCUCGCGAGCAUCUCGUCGCCCGCAGACGGCUCCUACAACUGGGCCUUCUCAUCCUCCUCCCUUUCCAACUCACUCCGCGCCGGGCCCCUGUCGCCCGCCAUGCUCGCUGGGCCCCAGCCCAACUCUCACAACGACCAGCCCCUCCCCGCCUUCGAUCCAUCUUCCUUCCGCACUGGGCUCACUCCGCGCACCGGCCUCACUCCCGGCACAGGGUUGACCCCUCUCAUCGGCGGCCCCGUCUCCUUCCCCCCUCCCUCUCCCAACACCGCCGCCUUCCUCGCCAUGAUGAACAACGGCUCCGCCGCCCCGAGCUUGUCCACCGUCGCCGGCACCAUCACCCCUAACACCCUCUCCGCUAUCACUGGUGUGCUCUCGACCGCUCACCACCCGUCGCACUCCGCCCAUCACCACCAUGGCCACUCCCACCAGAGCACCAACCCGUCCCCGCUCUCCAUGUCACACCAGUACCAGGCGCAGAGCCAGGCGGCCCGGGAGAACAACGGGUAUGCGUCGAAUGCCGCCACCAACACCGCCGCGAACGGGCUCUUCCUCCUCUCGCAGGCCCACCAGGAGCUUACCAAGCGUGAGCAGCAAGCUGCUGCCGCCGCCAACGCCACGUCGCCCACGAGCAACGGCAACGUCAAUGGCAACAGCAACGGCAACGGCAACAUUAAUGGCAAUGGCGGCUCUCCGCCCAGUUCUGCCUCCGCGAUGAACGGGAAGCGCGGUAUGAAGCGCAAGCUGGACUCCCCUGUCGCUACGCACGAGCCCAUGUCCGAUUCGAACUCUGGCGUUGCGAAGCGCACGCGCUCGUCGACGGCCUCGACCAUCAGUGUUCAGAGAGCGCGGCACGGAAGCGUGCAGAGCAGUCUGGAGGGCGAGGAAGAAGAGGAAGAGGAGGAAGAUUACGUGCAACAGCAGCUGUCCCCCACGCAGAGCAAUGGGAAGAAGUCGUCGGGCCAGAAGAAGCCGGAGACGGAAGAGGAGAAGCGGCGCAACUUCCUCGAGCGUAAUCGCCAAGCCGCACUCAAGUGUCGCCAGCGCAAGAAGGCGUGGCUCGCGCAGCUGCAGGCGAAGGUCGAGUACCUGUCGAACGAGAACGAGCGGCUGACGUCCGCGCUCGUCGCAUCGCGCGAGGAGAUCUCGCGGCUGUCUGCGCUCGUUGGUGCCGCAUCCGUGGGCCCGAGCGCCGUAGUGUCCGCGGUGAACGGCGGCUCGCACGUGGUCACGAACGGCUCAGCGAAUGGUAUGAACGGCGGCCCGCCCGUCAGCGUGAGCGUCAGCCUGCCGCCUGGCGGGAAGAGCGCCGCUGCGAUGGUGGGCGGCGGGCGCGGCUAUGGGUACUAG